AUGAAAGCUUGUGUGGGUCUGCAGCAGCUUUUGGAAAAACAUAAGAAGAGAUUGAGGAGGAGAUUUAAACAUGUGACUGAAGGAAGUGAUGAAGCAGGAGGAGGAAGCCUCCUCAACAGGAUCUACACUGAGCUCCACAUCACAGAGGAACACAGUGAGGAGCUUCAGAGGGAACCUGAGCUGAAUCAUCUGGAGACAGCUUCCAGGAAGGAGAGCCUCCAUCACACUGCCAUCAGGGUUCAGGACAUCUUCAAAGCCUCGGCCCAGCAGCACAGACACAUCCGAGUGGUUCUGACCAGCGGCGUGGCCGGCAGCGGAAAAACCUUCUCGGUGCACAAGUUCAGUCUGGACUGGGCCGAGGGCCUGGAGAACCAGGAUGUGGGGGUGCUGGUGGUGCUCUCCUUCAGGGAGCUGAACCUGAUCAGAAAGCAGCUGUUCAGUCUCCUCUCGCUGCUUCGUGCUUUCUAUCCCACGCUCCAGAAGCUGACGGCAGAGGAGCUGGCUGUCUGCAAGCUGCUCUUCAUCUUUGACGGUCUGGAUGAAAGCAGACUGUCUCUGGACUUCAGCAGCAGCCGGCGGCUGCUGGACGUCUCCCAGCAGUCUUCAGUCGGCGAGCUGCUCACUAACCUCAUCCGGGGGGAUCUGCUGCCCUCGGCUCGGGUCUGGAUCACUUCCCGACCGGCGGCGGCCCAUCAGAUCCCUCCAACAUGUGUGGACAGACUGACAGAAGUGCGAGGCUUCACUGACGCCCAGAAGGAGGAGUACUUCAGGAGGAGGCUGAGUGAUGAGGAGCUGAGCAGCAGGAUCAUCUCCCACAUCCAGACCUCCAGGAGCCUCCACAUCAUGUGUGGAAUCCCAGUCUUCUGCUGGAUCACUGCUACAGUUCUGGAGCACAUGUUGAGCAGCGAGCAGAGAGGAGAGCUGCCCCAGACCCUGACUGACAUGUACUCCCACUUUGUGCUGGUUCAGACUCACAGGAAGAAGCUCAAGUACCAUGAAGGACCUGAGACGGGUCCACAGGAGCUGACAGAGGCUGACAGGGAGCUUCUUCUGAAGCUGGGCAGGAUGGCCUUGGAACAUCUGGACACAGGAAACAUCCUGUUCUACCAAGAAGACCUGGAGCAGUGUGGUCUGGAUGUGACUGAGGCCUCGCUCCACUCUGGAAUCUGUACUCAGAUCUUCAAAAGAGAGUCUGUGAUCUUCCAGAAAGCUGUCUACAGCUUCGUCCAUCUGAGUGUUCAAGAGUUUCUGGCUGCAGUCUCCAUGUUCCACUGUUUCACCAACAGGAAGACUAAGAUACUGAAGACCUUCCUCGGAGAGGACUGGGAACACAUGGAAUCAAGACCACGGACUUUUACUGACAAAAGGUCAAAGUCAUCCAGAAGCCACGAUGCUUUCCCAUCUCUAGACGACUUCCUGAAGGUCGUCCUGCAGAAAUCCCUCAGAAGUCAGAACGGCCACCUGGAUCUGUUUGUCCGCUUCCUUCAUGGUCUUUCUCUGAAAUCCAACCGGAGACUCCUAGAAGGUCUUCUGGGUCGGACAGAGAUCAGUUCAAAACCCAUCCAGAGAGUCAUCAAGAACCUGAAGAAGAUCAACAGUGAGGAAGUGUCUCCUGAGAGAAGCAUCAACAUCUUCCACUGUCUGAUGGAGAUGAAAGACCUCUCAGUCCAUCAGGAGAUCCAAGAGUUCCUCAAGUCAGAGAACAGAUCAGGGAAGGAACUCUCUGAGAUCCACUGCUCAGCUCUGGCCUACAUGCUGCAGGUGUCAGACCAGGUCCUGGAGGAGUUGGACCUGAAGAAGUACAAGACAUCGCGGAAGGGACGGUGGAGACUGAUCCCAGCUGUGAAGAACUGCAGGAAGGCUGAUCUUUCUGGAUGUCAACUCUCUGACUCUCACUGUGAAGUGAUCUCCUCAGCUCUGAAGUCUGACCCCUCCCAUCUGAAACAUCUGGACCUGAGUUACAACAUCCUGGAGGAUUCAUCAGUGAAGACUGUGUGUUCUGGACUGGAGAGUCCAAACUGUAACCUGGAGACUCUGAGGUUGAAAGGCUGCAGGAUGUCAAAGAUCAGCUGUUCUUCUGUGGCCUCAACUCUGAAGUCCAACCCCUCCCUCCAGAAACAUCUGGAACAUCUGGACCUGAGCAGGAACCAUCAUCUGAAUUCAGCAGUUGAGCAGCUGUGUGGUUUUCUGCAGAGUCCACUCUGUCGUCUGGAGUUUCUGAGUCUUUCUGGAUGUGAACUCGCUGACUCUCACUGUGAAGUGAUCUCCUCAGCUCUGAAGUCUGACCCCUCCCAUCUGAAACAUCUGGGCCUGAGUUACAACAACCUGGAGGAUUCAUCAGUGGAGACUGUGUGUUCUGGACUGGAGAGUCCAAACUGUAACCUGGAGACUCUGAGUCUUUCUGGAUAUGAACUGUCUGACUCUCACUGUGAAGAGACCUCCUCAGCUCUGAAGUCUGACCCCUCCCAUCUGAAACAUCUGGGCCUGAGUUACAACAACCUGGAGGAUUCAUCAGUGGAGACUGUGUGUUCUGGACUGGAGAGUCCAAACUGUAACCUGGAGACUCUGAGGUUGGAGAACUGCGGCUUGACAGAGAUCAGCUGUUCUUCUGUGGUCUCAGCUCUGAAG